AUGUGGCAAGCCUGCUGCUAUGGUGUCUGCACAUUGCGCAUACGCAGUGUGGACCAGCUCAUUAUAUUGAAUUUUACAAUGAUUAUGCGCAAUCACGACGAGCAACGUCUGGGCUAUCGCCAUCAUUAUCACAUAUCGGACGUACAAACGGGUGUCAGCAUUUUGCAUGGCGAGCAGCGUCAGGGCGAUCAGGUCACUGGCAGUUAUAGCCAACUGGCGCCCAGCGGUGAGGUGCGCAGUGUUUACUACGAGGUGAGAGGUGGCCAAGGCUAUCGCGCUGUCAUUAUUCAACGCACCGCCAACAGUCGUGUGCAUCAGGCGCUGGAAUUCGAGCGGAAACAAGCGCUACAAGCGCUGCCGUUGGCCAAACCGGUGGCGUUUGUGAUUUAA